AUGGCGACUUUUUGGAUGUUAUUUUUUAUUUUUUAUUUUGAACUGCUUCUGAAAACAGGGCACUGCACAGAAACAAGCGGUCAAGUUUUAUCAAUCACCCCUAAUACUCAGGAACAAGUGGAGGUUUUGAGGAAUGUGUCCACCCAGUAUCAGACAGGUUUAUGGAAGCCAGCUUCACCUCACAAUAUAAAAGAGCUAACUCAAGUCCACCUGUACGUUCCUGCAAACAGCUCAGAGACAGUCAGGAACCUGCUGCAGAGACACGGCAUUACUCAUGAGGUGAUGCUAUCCAAUGCAGAUGAAAUUAUAGAAAUGCAGAUGAGGAACGAGUCUGGGGAUCCAAGAAGUGGCUCGACGUUUUACCAAAGAUACCACAAUUUGGAGGAUAUCUAUGAGUGGAUUAACAGAACGGCACACGAAAACCCUACCACAGUUAAAGCUAUUCUUAUUGGCUCCUCAUAUCAGAAGAGACCACUUUAUGCUCUGAAGCUGUCUCUAAAUAACAAGCCAAACAAGAAAGCCAUGUGGAUCGACUGUGGGAUCCAUGCCAGAGAGUGGAUCUCUCCUGCUUUCUGCUUGAUUUUCGUCCAAUAUUCGCUGUCGUUUUACAAAUUGAACUCAGAUAUUACUCAGAUCCUGGACAACAUGGAUAUCUACGUCCUGCCUGUCAUGAACCCAGAUGGAUACAAGUACACCUGGACAAAAGAUAGGAUGUGGAGGAAGAACCGUUCCCCCACAAACGGCACGUCCUGCAUCGGAGUUGAUCUGAACAGAAACUUUGACGCCAACUGGUGUACAAAAGGAGCCUCUCCUGACCCCUGCUCUGAGAUCUACUGCGGCGCCUUCCCUGAGUCGGAGCCAGAGUCGCAGGCUGUUGCCAACUUCUUGCGUAGCAACAAGGACAUCAUUCAGAUCUACUUGACCAUCCACUCCUACUCUCAGAUGCUCCUCAUCCCCUAUUCCUGCACCAUGGAUGAAGCUGAUAAUCACAGUGAACUGUAUGAGAUGGUCAAACAAGCUGCAGAGAAUAUUAGAAGAUACUACAGGAAUGUGUACACAUAUGGAGCCGGAGCUAAAACAAUAUAUCUGGCUCCCGGUGGCUCUGAUGAUUGGGCGCAUAAUCUCGGCAUUAAAUACUCCUUUACGUUUGAGCUCCAGGACCGCGGGCGCUACGGCUUCCUGCUGCCGCCAUCUUAUAUUCAGGGUGCCAGCAAUGAAGCUCUUAUUGCGUUGAAGACCAUCGCUCUGAAGGUCAUAGAGAAAACCCAACCUGCAGCAGGUUCCCCUCAAGAUGUCUGA